CCCCCCGGAGGAGACGGGAGGCCGCGGGGCGCGGACGCACGCACGCACGGACGGACGCACGGACGGGGAACUGCCUUCACCUUCUCCACGAUGUACAGAACCAAAGUGGGCUUGAAGGACCGGCAGCAGCUCUACAAGCUGAUCAUCAGCCAGCUGCUCUACGAUGGCUACAUCAGCAUCGCCAACGGGCUCAUCAACGAGAUCAAGCCGCAGUCCGUCUGCGCGCCCUCGGAGCAGCUGCUGCACCUCAUCAAGCUAGGAAUGGAGAACGAUGACACCGCGGUCCAGUAUGCGAUCGGCCGCUCCGACACGGUCGCCCCGGGCACCGGGAUCGACCUGGAAUUCGAUGCGGACGUCCAGACCAUGUCCCCAGAAGCCUCCGAGUACGAGACGUGCUACGUCACCUCCCACAAAGGCCCCUGCCGCGUCGCCACCUACAGCCGAGACGGCCAGCUGAUCGCCACCGGCUCCGCUGACGCAUCCAUCAAGAUCCUGGACACCGAGAGGAUGCUAGCCAAGAGUGCCAUGCCCAUCGAGGUCAUGAUGAAUGAGACCGCCCAGCAGAACAUGGAGAACCACCCGGUGAUCCGGACCCUCUAUGACCACGUGGAUGAAGUCACCUGCCUCGCCUUCCACCCGACAGAGCAGAUCCUGGCCUCCGGUUCCAGGGAUUAUACGCUGAAGUUGUUUGAUUACUCCAAACCCUCUGCGAAAAGAGCCUUCAAAUACAUUCAGGAAGCGGAAAUGUUACGCUCCAUCUCUUUCCAUCCUUCCGGGGACUUCAUCCUGGUGGGGACGCAGCACCCCACUCUGCGGCUGUACGAUAUCAACACGUUUCAGUGUUUCGUCUCCUGCAAUCCGCAAGAUCAGCACACGGACGCCAUCUGCUCCGUGAACUACAACCCCAGUGCCAACAUGUACGUGACUGGCAGCAAGGACGGCUGCAUCAAAUUGUGGGAUGGGGUGUCCAACCGCUGCAUCACAACGUUCGAGAAAGCGCACGACGGCGCCGAAGUGUGUUCUGCCAUUUUUUCCAAAAAUUCCAAAUACAUCCUCUCGAGUGGAAAGGACUCUGUGGCCAAGCUCUGGGAGAUCUCCACGGGCCGGACCCUGGUCAGAUACACAGGCGCGGGCCUGAGCGGGCGGCAGGUGCACCGGACGCAGGCCGUGUUCAACCACACCGAGGACUACGUGCUGCUGCCGGACGAGCGCACCAUCAGCCUGUGCUGCUGGGACUCGCGCACGGCCGAGCGCCGCAACCUGCUCUCGCUGGGCCACAACAACAUCGUGCGCUGCAUCGUGCACUCGCCCACCAACCCCGGCUUCAUGACCUGCAGUGACGACUUCCGGGCCCGCUUCUGGUACCGGCGCUCCACCACCGACUAGCGCACGCCGCCCUGGGAGCCGCCCGGAGAACCCGCGUGGACCUCGGUGCAGAAUCCUGGGGGAAAGGGCAGGCGCCGCGUCCGUCCCCUGGUGGUUCCAGCGGGAUUCCUCGGCCUGCGGGACGGGGCUCGCCCUGUCCCUGGCCUCGCCCGCCGGCGACGGGAGGAGGGGCACAGUGCUCUCCGUCCACCGCAGUCCUGGCCGGCUCUGUGCUGGCGGGCGAGCGGACGCCGGCUCCGAGGACGCGCCAGGGGGGCCGUCUGUCCGUCUCCUCGUUCUGGUGCCGUCGUUCUGGUAAUAAAGCCUCGAUCCGGACCUUAAGCGUCCCCCCACCUUCACUCGGGUCAAACCCACGGUUCUUCCGGACUUCCCACGCGCCGUGUGCCCACGCGGCUGCGUCCGGGUGGUGGCGGGAGUUGUUAUUGGAAACGGCCGGCCUGUCGAGCAGACGGACAGACCGACACAGCCGCUGCUCACCUCUCAAAGGCUUCCUGUCCGGUGGCUGCUUCCUGGGUGGUUUUUAAAAGUCUGGUCUUUGAUUCCUUCCAGUGGGAGCCGGUCACUCCCCAGGGAAGCACGUGGCAAGUCGAUGAGUUUUGAUUGUUGUCCGGAAGCGGCUGGGCAGGUUGCCUCACACCUUGGAGCGGGCGACGACGGGGUCUGGGUGACAUGGCUGGCAGUGAGCCCGUCAGCCCCCUCACGGGAUCAACCAAACACGGAUACCUCACAGCUAGGCAGAGAACCUAGCAGCGCGGUCUGGGAUUUGCCGGUUAAAGUAGAAGGACUUGUUCUCUGUGGCAGGAGCGUAGAGUCUUGCCGUUCCGUCUGCUUUAGUCAUCCUGGAGGGUCGUUGCAGCGCUCCGGUCUGGAAGGCCGUCUUUCGUGUUCCACAUGUUCAAUCACAGGGUUUUGUUUCACAUUAAAGAGCUGUAUUUUUGGUCCA